AUGAAGCCACAUGGACGCGGCCGGCGCAUUUGGCUGGAUAUUGGAAAGGAUUCCCCGUCGUAUGUGGCAGCAAUCUUGGCUCGAUCGGUUGAUCCGGUGCAGUGCACUAUGCGGAUGGUGUUCAGGAUGUCGCGCCACGCAGGAAAUGGGAAAAGGGAGAGGGGAAAAAUCAGUAACUUGACAACGACUUUGAUCGGACCGGUCGAGACGCGUGGUGCAGCUUCUUUCCACACCUCCCGCCUGAAGCUGAAGAAUCCUCAAACCAAUCAACCACCAUCCAUCAGCAAGAAUCUGUGGACGUUCUUCUGCCCGUUCACCCAGCCCCUUCCGCGCCACGCCUCCUUCGUUCGAAGGAACCCUGCGGAUUGCAUUCGAUCAGCAGCAGCAAGCAAAGCAGCGACAUCAAUCCCCAUGGCCAUGGUCGCUUCCACCUCCAUUGUGUACCACAAGCCGCGUCUGUCGGUGGUGUGCAGGAAGAAGGACCGGCCGGACAGGGAGCUGGAGCGGGAGAAGAAGGAGCACAAGUACCCGUUCAAGGUAGUCGAGAUCACGCCGCCGCCGCGAUGCCUCGGCGUCCGCUGCUUUCCCACGAACAUCCACUGCGGGGAGAGCGUGACGAUCGAAGGGCAGGCGUACACGGUGGCGGCGGUGACUCACCGGUACCAGCUGCGCAAGGGGCGAUACGAGCCGAGCGAGAAGCGCCUCGACGUCCUCUCCACCGGAAGAUACAUCCUCAACCUCUACCUCGACAGCCUCCUCGACAAGUCAUAGCCCUCUCUAAUCAUUUACUCUGCUAGCAAGCAAAUCAGUUAGCAACUGAAACUCUCCACUGCAAUGCUGAUCGAAAAAGCACCGUUUGUGAUAAGAUCGAAAA